CAUACAUAGCCCAAACGCCAAAAACGCGCGUGAAUUUUCUAAAAUUAAAUUCGGAAAAUAUUUUCGGUCGUGUAACGUCAUUAACCAGGCCUAGUUUUCGCAACAACGCUCCUGAUCAGUCUGCGAAGGUGACAUUUGCGUGAAUUUUUACCCAGAGGAAAACUCGUGGUUUGAUUUUUACAGGAAUCGUAGAAACCCUACAAGGAAACAAUUAAAUUGUCAUUAAGUGCAGUUGGGGGCCCGUCUGGUGUUCCACUUAAUAAAUUAAUUUUUUCAGUGUUUGGCACGCGGUGACAUUUGAAGGACUAUUUAGUUAGUUUCGGAUUUUUUUUUGGUCAAGUGAGAGUGAUUUGGAUUAUAACUAAAUAAUACUUAAAGUGAAAAUAUCGUAUGAGCAAAAAGUGCCCCAAGUGAUGUUUCUUCAGGAAUAUUGCAAAUGUUGCCUGCUUCUCUUUCUAUCGCUUGCCCAUAAAGCAGUGCUCGCCUUACCACUAUCAGAGAUCGAAGAUGCAGACAACGUUUUAGUAAGGACAGUACCACAUGGCGCUACGGUCGUUUUGGAAUGUAGAAGCAAUGAUCCCACACAUAAUUUCCAAUAUUGGCAUUUAUUAAAUUCGGGAAUCAUUAUUGGUCCUGAAAAUGAGUUUGAUAAAGCCAAGUAUAGGUUUGAGGUGUUGUCGGGGAAUUUGACCAUAAGGGCAGUAUCAAAGGAAGAAGAAGGCCUUUACGAAUGUGUUUCCAGAGGAGUAAAAGGUGAAAACGUGAACGUUAAGGUGAUUCGAAUGUUGGUUAAAAGAGACUUGGAAGAUAUAUAUUUGAACGACUAUAAUAUAAACCUUAUCCGGAUUCUAAUUGCGGCCAUUACCCUAGUUUUGUUGUCUAUGGGGGGCUGGUUUGUCUACAGAAUUUGGAAAGAUAGAUACAGAUAUCCCAGUUACUUACAACCAGAAGAAGAAGAUGAUGAUGACAGUACCGAGGAACUCUUCAGCCAGCCAAGUACGUCGAAACAAUCGAGUUCCGUAAACAACAUCGUACCUCCGAAGCAAAAGUCCAUAAUUAAAGAACGUUCACCAUUUGACGACGUUGAUAUAAGCACCGAUUUUAAGAGUAUUUUAGAGGCAGCUAAUGAAAAAUGAAUCUCAACACGCAGUUUUCUUAGAUAAAUUCAUUAAAAUUAGUUAGUUUUUAAGACUUAAUGAUCAUAUUUAGUUUGUAACUAUUUUAGGAAUUAUUAAAACUUUAUUUACUAAAGGA